UCCUCUUCUUCCUGCCUCUACCUCCGCCAUCUUUGCGCUUCCUUUCCACAACAACCACCACGACGCAAAAUCUACACUCCCUUGUUCUCUUCGAUUCCGAAUCUUCUUUGUUCAUUCAAGACAACUCGCGACCACACUUUUCUUCAACAUCGCCCGCAUAUCUCCGAUACAUGCACCAUCAUCUUUGAAUGAUCUGAUCGCAACCACCUACCCCGCCGAGCCCGGAUCUCGACACACAAAUUCCACCGACACAUCUCAUCCAAAGAUCGCAAGCACUACGAAAUGCUUCAAGGCGCGCCGCCGCGAGGCCCCCGGGGCGCAUCCACCACCACCCGAGGCAGAGGCCGUGGAGGCAUUCAAAAGCGUCGCGCAGAUGGUCCAGUUCGUGUCGAUAGGGAUGGCGACUUGGUCAUGGACGCAGAAGCAGCUGGCGCCAAGCGUAAGCCUGGAAAGGGCAGGAUGGAGCGGUCGCCCGUCCCAACUGGAAGUGGACGAACAAGCGGUGGUCGUCCUCGUGGAGGCGCUGGUAUGCACAAGGCUCAAGCUGCGAUCUUGCGUGGCAUGGGAGCUCAACAGGCCAAUGUUCUGGAGUCACGAAUCGGGACCACUGGAAACACCCUAGAAAUCUCGGGACUUGGUUCGAGCAAGGCUGCUGCCAAUCCCGAUGGCGGAGUAGAGGCCCUCUUAGCAUUUCUGGAACGCAAGGCCAGCGGAUUGGACGACACGUUAAACAGGACUGUGAAGAUCAAGAAGUCCCUAAAGAAAGGUGACAAGGUCAUAAUCACAGCCAGUCCCCAGGAUAUCAUGGAAAUUCAGAAGCUUGAUGGAUUUCAAUUCGCCGGAACAAUUCUAUCUAUCAAAGCCAGUACACCAAUCCCCUCAAGAAGUGCCUCAGAAGAGAAGAAGCAGGAGGAAUCGCCCCAAACGACCGACGUCAAGGCAAAGUUUAGGGCAGUGCUUGAAGGAAGAUACAAUCCUCAACUCAAGCUCUGGAAUCUAUCAGCCCUUGCGAUAGAUCCUGGCUUGGUCUCAAUGGGUCUGUUCGAUGGAAGUACAAACACAUCAAAAGUAUUUCCGGCUUUGAUGGCAGUUUGCAACUCGAUCUUCCCCACCAGAGCUGCGAAGAAGGAAGCUGUUGUUAGCGUUACCCUUGCCGACAACAACCUUAGCAACGUCGGAGACGUCAAUGCUUUGGCCCAGACCUUCCCAGACCUCAAGAACCUCGACCUCUCCAGAAACAAUCUCGUCGACAUAAAGUCGCUCGACGGUUGGCGCUACAAAUUCAAGCAUCUCGAGAACCUCGUCCUAACCGGUAAUCCGAUCGAGGCUCAGCUUUCUGAAUUGAAGGACGAAUUUCUUAAGCGAUACCCAGACUUGUCCAUGCUGAACAACGUUCUGGUCAGAUCUCCCGCUGAAAUUGCUGCUAUGAAAGCAGCUGCGGAAGCCGCGCAAUCGCCAAUUCCAAUUGCUCCUCCCGAAUUCAGAGAUGUUGGUCAAGUUGGAGAGAACUUCAUCAGACAAUUCUUGGCAUUGUACGACACAGAUCGAAUGGCCCUCCUUACACAGUUCUACGAUUCUCGAACAUCCUAUUCUUUGGCCAUCAACAUGAGCGCACCUCGAAGCCACACUAACAGCAAGCCCAUCCCACCGUGGGCCGAGUAUAUCAAACACUCCCGAAAUAUGAUCAAGAUCACCCACGCACCGGCCCGCAUGAAUCGACAAUACAAGGGAGUCGACGCAAUCAAGAACGUUUGGGCUUCCUUACCUGCGACUCGCCACCCAGACCUUCAAACUCAGACCGACAAAUAUAUCAUUGAAUGCCGUCCUACACAAGGUCUUCCUGAUCCAUCUGGUCAGAGUGCUCGUGGAGUUGAUGGUCUCAUCAUCACCAUUCACGGCGAGUUCGAAGAGCCAAACACAGCAGAAAAGGGUUCUCGCAGCUUCUCCCGCAGCUUCGUCCUUGGCCCUGGCGCUCCUGGCAUUCAACCCAUCCGAGUCAUCAGCGAUAUGCUCCUUCUCCGAGCCUGGGCCCCCCUCGCUCAGCCUAAACCCCAUGCCAUGAUGCCAACCCCACCUCAAGAACCAGCCCAAAUGGCCACGCCAGAACAACAGCAACAAGAGGCAAUGGCUAUGCAAUUGAUGGAGAAGACAGGCAUGACUCUUCAAUAUGCGGGCUUGUGCUUGGUUGAGACAGGAUGGAAUUUGGAGAAUGCUUACGUUGCAUUUAUGACGAACAAGGACAAGCUACCACCUGAUGCAUUCCUUGCCAACGUGGCACUUUGAGCUUGGACACGAGUACGUCAGAAUAGAUGAAGGGCAAUGGAAGACUAUCAGACUGGAGGAUUGCACAAUUUUCAUAUCUCAUUUCCUUGCUUUUCCGCAAUGCUCUGGUCUUCUUCACGGCCGUGCGAGCGAGAAUUGAAAAUCGAAUACACAUCAAAAUGCGACACAAUCGGAGGAGCAUUGAACAACACUCAAGAGCAGACACAUAAAACACAUACAUAGCUUGUGCUUUGCUCUCGAGCAUCUGGAAUUUUACAGCAUGCAAGCGUGGAGUUUGGGAUGGGUUUUUUUCAUUGAGUCGAAGCAAUGCAUAUCGAGGGGCGGCAUACAAAUCAAAUGGAAUGGAAUGGAUGGGGAGGGAGUAUUGGCGGAUAGACUGGGGAAAUGAAGGAUGGUGGAUAGAGAGGUGCAGUCGAUCCGUUGGUUUACAUAGUGUUUGAGAAGACUGAGAUAUGCCAUCUGGGAGGAAGGAAUCAAAG